AGACCAGCAAACAGUCCCCACAGAUCGAACACACAAACCUACCCAACCCUGCGGGGAGCAGGCGAUCGAGGGAGAGAGAGGAUCUUCCGCGGGGUCUCGCUUACCCUGGGCGGCGUCGGUGAUCAGCGAACGGGGAUGGGGAAGAGGUUAACGUCGUACCUGGCGAUGAAGACGGACCCGGCGGGCGGCGCGUCGGAGGCGGCGCGGGCGCUGAUCGACUCGGACCUGCAGGAGCUGGGCGCCGCCGCGCGGAAGCUCGCCAACCACGUGCUCGUCCUCGGCGGCGGACUCGUAGUCGGCACCUCCUUCCUCAAGUGGCUCGCCUUCCUCGCCGCCGUGUACCUCUUGGUACUGGACCGCACAAACUGGAAAACCAACAUGCUAACGGGCCUCUUGGUCCCUUACAUUUUCUUCACCCUGCCCCAUGUGCUGUUUUCUCUGAUAAGAGGAGAGGUGGGGAAAUGGAUUGCCAUUAUUGUGGUUGUUCUGCGGCUCUUCUUUCCACGCCACUUCCCUGAUUGGUUAGAGCUGCCUGGUUCAAUCAUUCUUCUCACAGUGGUUGCCCCCAGCAUCUUUGCGGACACCUUCAGGGGCGAUGCGGUUGGCAUCUUCAUAUGCCUCGGAAUUGGAUGCUACCUGCUUCAAGAACACAUCAGGGCGUCAGGUGGAUUCAGGAAUGCCUUCAGGAAGGGCAAUGGCGUGUCGAACAGCAUCGGCAUCCUCCUGCUCUUUAUCUACCCUGUUUGGGCCCUGGUGCUGAAAUUCCUGUAGACAUUACUGCUUCGGUCCGUCGCUAUGCUAUCCAGUCCCGUUCAUUGUUCCAUGGUGAUUUUGUGUCAUCUGGAAGGGAUGUGUUAUGUUUGUUCGAGUUGAACUUGUUUCUCUUUUCGAGGACAGUUUCGUUAUCCUGUUUGUUGUAGUUUGAUGUCAGCGCUUCGUUCUUUUGAGUACAUAACCGCCAAUAAAAUCGUCUCUGUGGCUUGAUGUAAAUUGAGACGCUGGCCAUGUUCUCAUGUUAGUAUGGUGCAUCACUGCAUCUGUUAUGCUAUCAGGUUUCUGAAAGGAUGUUUACCAACUUAUCUAUCCUCCGUUGUUGUUUCUGAA